AUGGGAUGGUCACCAGAUUUGAUAACAGGCAUGAUCUACUUAUCACAAACAAUUGCUGGAAUUUUUGGCAAUUUCUCUAUUCUUUCCCAUUAUCUCUAUCUCUACUUCACAGGAUGCAAGUUUAGGCCCACAGAUUUGAUCAUCAAACACCUGACUGUAGCCAACUGCUUAGUCAUUCUUUCUAAAGGGGCAACACAAACCAUGGCAGCUUUGGGGAUGAAGCAUUUCCUCAGUGAUAUUGGGUGCAAGCUUGUGUUCUAUGUGCACAGAGUGGGCAGGGAUAUGUCCACUGGUAGCACCUGCCUGUUGAGUAUCUCCCAGGCCAUCACCAUCAGUCCUAGUAACCCCAGAUGGGCAGAGCUUAAAGCAAAAUCUCCCAAGUACAUUGGCCCCUCCAACAUCCUCUGCUGGAUUCUGAAUCUACUACUAAAUAUCGUGGUACCUGUGCAUGUGACUGGAAACAAGAGUUACAAAAACAUCACUAAGAAAACUGAUUAUGGCUAUUGCUAUUCUGUGAGUCAUGGCAAAUUCUUAGACUUGCUGUAUUCUGCCCUGGUGUUAUUCCGAGAUAUUUUCUUUGUGGCACUCAUGCUCUUGGCCAGCAGCUCCAUGCUUUUCAUCCUGUACAGACACAGGCAGCAGGUCCAAUACAUCCAUGGGACCAAUGUCUCCUCCAGGUCCUCCCCAGAGUCCAGAGCUACCCUUAGCAUCCUCGUCCUGGUGAGCACCUUUGUGUCUUUGUGCACUCUCUCCUCCAUCUUUCACAUUUGUUUGACUGUUUUAAACAAUCCCAGUGUGUGGCUGGUGAACACCUCUGCACUACUUGCUGGGAGUUUCCCAGCUGUGAGCCCCUACAUUCUCAUGAGCCAUGACUCCAGAGUACACAGGCUCCUCUGUGCCCCCACAAGAAAUAGAGAAUCCUCUGCUUAG